AUGGCUGACGACUUUGAUGUAGAUGUGGAGGCCAUGCUUGAAGCUCCUUAUAGAAAAGAGGUGAGUUAAUGUACUGUGCAGCAGUUACAUUUACGCGCAGAUUGCGCAGAGGGUCAGAUUAGGUAGUAGCAACAUUAAUUUUGACAGGGUUUCCUCCUUUAGUUUAGUGCAAUGGUUUGUAUUUGCCCUUUAGUCUUUCUGAGUCUUUUCAAAUGGACUGUAGUGUUACCGUAUUUACCCGUGUAUAAUACGCACUUUUUUCCCCUGAAAUCGACCUUCAAAUUUACGAUGCGUAUAAUAGACGGAUUCCAUUGUUUGGUCAAGAAGACAAAAGCUUUGUAGUAAUUGGUGUUUAAUAAACUCAGUAAAGUAAACUACCAAUGAACUGUUUUCAAUUUCGAUCGAUGAAUAAAUUAAAAUGCCUAUUUAAGUAACAGCUGAUCGAGGAAACAACAUGUGAGAUUGUCACUAUAGCGAUCAUGGCCACGAAACUUACCACUGUGAAACGUCAAAGUUACACUGUGUCCGACAAGUUAAGAAUAAUCCAGUUUGCAGAGCAACAUGGCAAUCGUGCUGCCAAGCGUGAGUUUGGUGUUUCCGAGAGUAAUGUCAGACUCUGGCGAAAAAGUAAAGAAAACCUCGAGAAGAUGCCUCGACUGAAGCGUGCUAACCGCAGAAAGAAAGCUGCAUGGCUGGAGUUGGAGGUCGAUCUGCUGGCUUGGAUUACCGAGAAAAGAAAUAACGGUCUUGUCAUUCUGCCAUCCAUUGUGCGACUGAAAGCCCUCGAACUAGCCAAGAACAAGAAGUACAGAAUUCCUGAAGGACAUUUCAAAGCUGGCAAUCACUGGUGUCAGCGCUUCAUGAAGAGGAACGGUCUGUCACAUCGACAGAAAACAGCAUUAGCACAACGUCUGCCAGAUGAUUACGAGGAGAAGAUAGUCCGAUUUCAUCGCUACAUCAUUGAUAACAUGGACGAAACUCCAUUGACCUUCGAUAUGCCACCGAAUCGUACCGUAAACAACACCGGCGAGAAAACCAUCAAAAUACGUACCACUUGGAAUGAGAAGAAUCGAGUAACAGUUGUGUUAGCGUGCUGCAGCGAUGGAUUAAAACUGAAACCGAUGUUAAUCUUCAAGAGGAAAACCAUCCCUAAGAUCAACAACAAGCAUAGAGUCGUUGUUUCAGCCCAAGAGAAAGGAUGGAUGGAUUCAGAGCAGAUGAAAGUGUGGAUCGAAAAAGUAUGGCGUGCAUGGAUCGGUGGCCUGGGGAGAAGAAAGAGCUUGCUUGUUUAUGACUCAUUUGAAGCUCACGUGACAGAUACUGUGAAAGCGUCCUUCAAAUGCGAGAACACUGAACUUGCCGUUAUUCCUGGCGGUUUAACUUCCCUUCUCCAACCGCUCAAUGUAUCUUUAAAAAAACCGUUUAAAGAUGGAGUCCGAAAGCAGUGGAUUCAGUGGAUGGCUGACGGAAUUCACGAAUUUAUCGCUGCCUCUUUUCUGAAGUGUGGCAUCACAAACAAUUUGGAUGGAUCAGAAGAUGAACUGGUUUACAAUUCAACCGAGAACACUCAUGAACUUGAUGAUUCAAGCAUCGAAAACCUAUUUGAAUCAGACCCUGAGUCAGAAUUUGAAGGUUUUGUUGUUUAAAGACAGUGAACAUUUUACUUGAAUCUAACGCGAUACAGUAGUGAUACUCAAGCUACUAGCAGUGCAGUGAGUAGAAAUACCAGUUAAGUUUUUUUUAAUUGCUGUUAUGUUGAUAAUUCAAGUUAUGAAUAGGGACUUCAAGUAUUGAAUAUAAGUGCUCUGUGCGUGCGAUUUUGUAGUUGGUUGUAAACAUGUCAUUAAUGAAUUCCCAGCUCUUGUUAAUUAAAUGGAAAAAUGGAAGUUUUAAUUCUUGGUGUUUAUCUUGAAAUCUUUUUUUUUAGAAUAAAGUGGCAGGGUUGUCAUUAAGAGCCGGGGGCCGGGGAAUUUCCUCGGCUACUAAGAGAGUGGCCCCCGGCUACUUUUAUUGGAAAAUAGAAGAAAAAUAGAACCAAAAGAAAUCCCUAGCCUUUUGAUUCCCCGCCUACUUGUUGUAUUUGCCCGGCAACUUGAAAUCUUAGUGACAACCCUGAAGUGGUCAAAAAUUAGGGUGCGCAUUAUACACGGGUAAAUACGGUAACUCCCUUGAGUUAAAUGGCAGAGAACUUUUGCACUCUAAUCUUAUGGUCAAGCAAUUACUGCAACUAAUCAGUCAAGUGAUUUUGUUGGCUCACCAAAAUAUCUGACCCCACUAUCUUAUUUUCUGUUUUGUAGAGUUGAAAAUACAGCACAACUGGCCUUAGUGAGGUAGUCAACCACCUCGAAAGAAGAGACCUUUUUUUUUUAUACCUCUGUGGAAAAAAAUAAAGAUAAACCAGUAUUUACUCCUGCUGGUUUCUGACCAAAAAUGGACCCUAGGAAAGAAUUUUGUAACGAAAGUUGCUUCUAAUAUUCACUACCUCCACAAAUGGUUAAUAUUUUUAUUAUUAUCAUUGAUGCGGCUUGUUCACAGAGGUUUUCUUUUUUUCCCAACAAUUUGGUGAUCAUGAGAACAAGUGCGAAGCGCAAGAAAAAAAGAUUAUUAACCUAUAUGAAAAUUAAUUUUAUUAGAAAGUGGAAGCACACAAGCUUUCCAGUGUUGCUUUGAUGCUCAUUUACCUAAUGAUCAUCUUGACAUUAUUUUCCAUUUUUCUUUUAACUGUAGUGGGAGUUGUUUCAAACAAUUUGAUCAAAUCUACUUGUAUGUAUUUCUCUAAUUAGACUUGAGUGCCUUCUUCCUAGCUUUUGAGAUGUUUCUUAGAGGUGGGUAUGUGGUGCUAAGCUUUCCUUGCAGCUCUUGUAGUUGUUACAGCUCAUUCACAUUCAGUGAUAUAAGUACAGCUAGUACACUUCAUUCUCACCUUUUGAUAUGAAAUUAAUGAAUCCAAGUAAUCACAGCCGCAUUUGAAGAGCAGUCGCAUUGGUUUGCUAGUGUUGAAUUCACUGGGAUUAAAUUGCUUAACAAAGAGUAGUAUGAAUUGUUGAGCUGUGCAGAGAAUCAGAUCAGUGAUAUGUUAAUUUGCCCAUGUUGAUGUUGCAGACCCCACCUACCCAAGCAAAUGGAACCAAGAGUGAUUCAAGGAGGCAAAGUGAUGAUGAUGAGAAGAGAAGACGGUAAGAAGGCAGGGAUUCUUGUUACCAGCAGGAAAUGGUAGCAUGCAUGUACAUCAUUCAUAUGUCCCUUUUUUUAAUCUUCCAAAUAGUCAAAUAGGAGAACUUUCUCUCCUGCCUUCUCUGACUGGCAGCUUUGGUAAAAAUGUAAUGGAAACUAAAAAGCUUCUUCACAAAAACAAAAACAUGUUUUUUCAAUACAUCAUGUAUGUUUAUGGUACCUCAGAUAACAAGACUUCAGCUUAUUAUGUAACACCAACAUUUUGUGUUUCUUGUCCAUGAAAAGGAAGGCUUAACACUAUCUCCUGACAAAAUAAAACAAGUGGAAUCUGAGCGAAUAUUUCUGUUUUCGCCCUAGGUAGAAAUUUUAGGUUUUCCAAGGAAAUAUAACAGCAGAUGAUCACUGGACUGCAAGAUGUCUGGUUUUUGAUGUAACAGGUUGAAGUAAAGGAACUAGGGGAGGGAUGUGGGCUUUACCUACUUCAGUAUCAACAUAACACCUAGUUAUCAACACUCAAACACGAUGUAAUGCCACUGAGAAAUGGAUGGCUUGUAGAUCUUUCUGAAGAAAUACAUAUUUUUUGUAAAAGGCGCUUUUUGUCAGGAGUAUGUUGAAUUGUAGACAGUUCUAGGGUUUCCUGUUCUGCAGUUAAAAUAAAGGUCAUCCUUCUGCAACACAACAGGAACUUCUUAAUAUUAAAGCCAAAAAAACGGUUUUCAUUAACAGGCCAUUUUACAGAUUGAAAAAUAUUUCACUUUUAAUGCUGAUGUGACCUGUUAAUUUCUUGCUGAUGAAUUAUUUUUUUACCCAAGAACAGAAAAAUUUUAAAGGAUACUUCAAAACAUGGUUCAGGUACAUGCAAUGUGGUCAUCAAACAAACGUCUUAAGCUUUGAUCUACUAAGUUAAAUUUGGUUUUUAGCUACAGAUGUACCAUAACAUGUUUUCUCUCAUUUUAAACAGUUCUUUGCAUCUGAACAUGAUCCACUAAAGCAUUUGAAGGUAUUGUAUUUCUCUACAACAUCAGUGUUACACUGCGGAAACUUGGCUGCCAGAACUGAAGAGUGACUAACUUGACCAAGCUAAAAUUCAAUACUCUGCCUACCUUAAAUCAACAAUACCUGUUUAAGGGAAGCAUCUGUAGAACGCUGUAGACAUGGGUGCCGUAAAACACCCACCAGUGGGUGUGGUUACAAGGGUUGUUAAGGAAAACCUGCUUCUGUUAUGCACAAUCCGACAGGUCAAUAAUAACAGUCAAUAUAUUGUUCUGUUUAUAGGGGACAUAGAAAUCGCAGUCGCAGUAAAAGCCGAGACAAGUAAGAUAAUUUUUCAACUGUUUGUUUGGCUUAAUACAGGUUUAGCAGUUGGCAACCCAUUAGUUAGUGUAUAGAAGGCUUUGGUAAUGUGUUCCUUCAUUUUGUUAGCAUUUUGACUUAGAAUUCAGUAAUCAGUAAUAUUAUGCCUAGGUCACUGUGAUUUAUUCUUGUUGGUCCUAGCAUUCACAGCUUUUUGUUUUCUCUGUUCCAGGGGUCGCCGACGUCGAAGCCGUAGUCGUAGCGGUAGCCGCAGUCCUGGUCGUGACAGGUAAGGACUGAUGUCUGGUUGACUCAGAUGAGUUUCCAACAGUGUUGGCUCCCUGGGGAAAGUUGUUGAUGAAACAUGAACUAGCAUAAACUUUAUCUUGGCAAAGUUUGCGCACCCAUCAGACAAUUUAUUGUAGUAACAUGCUAGCUGGACAGGUUGCUUCAGGGUUGCUCCACUAGCCCUCGGCUAUCGUAAAACACUUUUGUGGUGCUGUGAUUCCAAAGAGGGGCUAAUAAGCACUACAGUAUCUUAAGGAAAGAGUCAGCAAAAAAAAGAAAUUUGAACAUCAUCUAUUUAAUAAGCAUAAGCUGAGUAAAUAGAUGAAAGAAAAGAAGUGCAAAUUGUGCAAUUUUGUUUUGCCUAAAAGAAGGAAAAGACAUGGUAAUUCACAGUGUUGAGAACAGGUCUGAGAGGUAUCAAAGAGGUGUAGGAUGGGAAGGAUGUCCUUUUAGCUAUGUAUCGAUCACUUGUCGCAAUAGACAAAGUAAAAUAAUAUAAGUGUUUAUAUCUCACAUGACAGAUUAACUUGCUCUGAUAACUCAGGAUAAUUUGCAUACCUCCUUGUCAUGGACAUUCUCAAGACUAUAAUACUCGUUUCUGCCAGAAAAACUACGAUAAGUAGUUUCAUCACUGUUUCUUUUUUAUUUACUUCAUAUUAAGAUUGUUUCUAUAGAAGUUUUUUAGGGGUCUGCCGCAUUUUGUUUUUCAUAUUAUUUGCAAAACCAACAAAUCAUGUUCAAUUCAUUGUUGUCAUUCAAUUGUUACUUAGUUUGGCUCUCAUUCUGAGCUGGAUAACGAGACUUCUGACAGUCUUUUUGGCACCUAGAAAGAUGUCCCUAAUGUAUUUAAUGAUACAACUGUUUAACCAGCAGUAAAAUUCUAACAAAUUUUUUGGUUUCUUCUCCAUAGAAGUCGCCGCCGUCGUAGCCGGAGCCCUGGUCGUGACAGGUAAGGAUAGCAAUAAUUGAAAUUAUUGCACAGCUUUUGAAAUUGUAUUUUCAGAGUGGUAGAUAUGACGAGUGUUCUACGUGUACUAAUUUAUUUUGUCUGCUGUAUUUAUUUUUUUCCUUUUUCAGAAGGCGACGAAGCCGCUCAGGAAGUCGUGACAGGUACAGUAAGACUGAUUUGUUUACAAAUUCAAAGUAAUCUGGUUAGCCCCGCAUCCCACAUUCAUGACCCAAAAAUUCCCAAAGAGGCAAAAUAUUAAAAAUUUAUGGCACUUGGACACAGAUUGAUUUAAAGGCCAUCAAAUGUUUUUUCGCAUCUUUUGCUGGGGCAGAAAAACAUUCACUAUAAUUACACAGCCCCAAAUAUUGAAUCGCCUGAAAGUGUUCCAGCUGUUUCUGCAGAACUCAGAAUAGUGGCCUGGCGAUUGGCUAGAUGGUAGGCCAAAUUUUAGGUUUGGCAGGCACAUAAUAUUAUUAUAAUGAUGAACUGUCAAAGAUGAGAUGAGUUGCAUGAUCAUCACUCCAUGGCAGAAUUACCUUUCUGUUAUUUUUGAUAUCUCAACUGCUCAUUGGAUUUAAAGAUGGGAAAAACAAAUUUUGUUUGCAAAAUAUUACUAAAUUAUAUGUAACACAUAUGAGGAAAAACAGGUGCACAAGCAGAUCGCUGGAAUUGUUUAGUCUUACUGGGUGGAAAGAAAGUCAGUUUUACAGCUUGCCAUUCGGGCAAGCUGUAGUUAGCAUGUACUAGCUCAAAAGUCAUUUUAACUAGCCCAAAGAUGAGAUGAGCAGGGUUGAUAACGGUUCUUUUGUGAUUAUUCCUUAAAAAAAAUUUAAGUUAAGAACUGAAUUCACUAGCGCGACAGUAAAAUCCGCUAGCCCAGGGCUAUCAGACACGACUUUCUUUGCAUGCUGAUCUUAAUUUAUUACUGACACCCAAACGUGUUAAAACUUUUUUGGCUUUUUGUUUUCUUAUUAUUGACAAUAUUGGUUUUCAGGAGGCGGAGACGUCGAAGCAGCAGUGGCAGUAAGAGCCGUUCAAGAAGCCCUGAUAAAAGACGUAAAAGGUUUGUAUAGUUAAGAACAAGUUGUGUUGUAAUGUUUGUUUCUGGGGUAGCAAUAAGUUUUGAGAUUACCGAGAAUGAAGACCCCAAUAAUUAAUCAAAGGCUCCUAGGAGCGAGCUCAUGGAUGAAUUGAAUUAGUGUAGAAAAGACAGUUCAAUAAUCAAAGAAAAACAUAUAAAUCUUUUUUAACGGUUCAUUUUGUACGGACUUGCCAAGUACAGCGUGACUCGAAGUAUCCGAUUGCAUGUGCACCUGAAUAUUCUAGAAACUUUUUAUUAGCGCAGCGUUUCUACUUACAAAGCAAAGAUCACUUUUAAAAGCACUUAUUAACGCUUUUUAGUUGGAAAAUAAUUUGCUUUCUCAUGUGACUGUCAAACACUUUCCGAACGACAGUGCACUUUCUUGUAAAAUAGCCAAGUUUUACAUACAUGAGUCUUAUUCAAACCGUGGUUUUAAAAGUGCGAUGCUUUCAAAUAAAUGUUUCCAUAUGAUGAGUACGUAACAGUUAGUAUACGCAGUACAAGCUAUAUUAAAUACAGAAUACAGGCGUUUAUGGCCAAAUUGAACUACUUUAGAACGCGCUUUUGAUAAACACGAGCUAAAAAUUAUUUUAAUACAUGUAAAACGGAUUAAGCUCAAAGCAGUACGUGCUCUGACCUAGCCAAGUAAUUUAUAACGCAGUCGAAGUAUCCGAUUGCCUUUCGCCAGAGACUUGUGUAUACCACCGCAGCAUUUCUUGUAGAAAUUACAUUAAUAGCACUGCUAAAUGGAAUCACCGACAAACAAAAGCCUUCUUUAAGGCAAAGAUCACCUAAGAAUUCAAGCAAAAUAGCGUAGCGCUUGUUGCUUCUAAAACCUGUGCUUCUAGUUGACACAACAUUAAUUUAUUCCCUGUUUGCAUACGAAGACAAAUGGUCGAACGGAUUCGUCCAAAUAAUUGAAUAUACCUCAAUAGACACUCCUCAAUGUCGCUUUAACAAUUCGAGGACAGUUUUUUUGCAGUGAUUAUAAGGUUCUUUGGCUUAUUAAGCUUUUAAGCUGAACGAAAUCCCAUCGUCAGGCGUCAAUAGCUCUUUCACACUCCUGAUUGCAUCUUUUCCAUAUCAAGUACAAUAUCGGGAACAAAUGUGCACAAUUGGUCCAAAUAUACAGCAAAGAUCCACGCUCAAUCAUUUCAAUGUCCUUUUAACAAUUCUAAGUCCAUUUCUUGCGGAGGAUAUUAUCAGUGUUCUUUAAAAUAUUGUUAUUUAUACAAAACCCAUCUCUAUUGAUGUGUUGGGAAAAAAAAUUCCCCUUACUAGUACCCUCUAGGAUAUUCCAAACAUAUACGUAAAAGGCACUUGGAAAAAAAGUGAUACUAAGUAAGGGAGGUAGGAGUAACGUGUUUAAUCUGACUUUAAUGAAUAAAUUAAUGAGAAUCGAGUGAGUGAGUGAGUGAGUGAGUGAGUGAGUGAGUGAGUGAGUGAGUGAGUGAGUGAUCGAGUGCCAUUCGAGUGCCUCCAAAAGCCCAUGGCAUGACUACGUCAUGAGCUAAAAAUGUUAUUUGUUUGUUUGUUUUUCUGGGGAAUGUGAAGUGGCAGGCAAAGAAGUGCAAGUCACAGUCCAAGCCCAAGUAAACAAAGAAGAAGAGAUGAGCAAGAAGGAAGUGAUGGCAACAGAAGCCCUGUGGAGCAACAUCUAGAAAGGUAUUUACUUCCAUACACUGAAACAAGGGAAACCAAUAAAAGUAAGGUGAAAAGUGCUAUCUUUAAUGUACUUGACUCCCCUGUCUGACCCUGUCAUGUUUGGCUCUUUUGUGUAGAAGAGAACUGAAACCCGCAGAGGAUAUAACACCAGAAGAAAGAGAUGCUAGAACAGCAUUUUGUAUGCAGCUUGCAAGGAAUAUCAGGCCCAGAGACUUGGAAGAGUUCUUUUCAAAAGUGGGACAAGUAAGUCAUCAUUCUUCCAAUUCUUGCUGAAAAAUCCCCUUCCUCCUGUCCUGUUUUGUUCGUUUUUUGUUUGGUCAGUCUGUCAACUUACUCUUUUUUUCAGGUUGCCGAUGUUAGAAUUAUAUCAGAUCGCAACUCCAGACGAUCCAAAGGAAUAGCCUAUGUGGAGUUUACAGAUAGAUCUGCUGUGCCAUUGGUGAGUUAAUCUAAGUCUUCUUCUUAUAACAUUCCUGUUAUUCAGAACACUGUAUAUUUCUUGCCUAAAAUGUUGUGUUAUGAAUCUCUUGACAAGCAGCAUCUGUUUGCUUUCAAGGAUUUUUGAUUGCUUUUUUCUGUACAAAUUCAACAUUUUGGCUCUGUUAUUCCAGCUAACAAGUUCUGACAAUUGUUGUGUAUUUUAGGAACAAGAUCAUUUUUAGCAUUAGAUCUCCUCUGUUUUGUGUUCUUGUAUUGCAUUGAGUGCGCUCGAAGAACCAGCCAAGGUUGGCUUAAAUAGGGUUUUAAUUACCUGUUAAACUGGGCAAAAUAAUGCUCUUCAAUGAUUGUAAAGUAUUUUUACUUUUUGAGACAGUAAUGGGUCUAACGCUCUCUUGGCACCAAUGGUUUGACAGUUUUUGUACAUAUAACAAGAUGAGUUUUUUAUUGGUAUUUUUAGGCAAUUAAUCUGUCUGGUCAAAAACUUUUGGGUGCACCUAUCAUGGUAAUGCCUACACAAGCAGAAAAGAACAGAGCUGCUGCUGAGGCUGAAAAGCUGAAGCAACCACCUGGACCAACAAGACUGUAUGUUGGAUCCCUGCAUUUUAACAUCAACGAGCAAAUGAUCAAAGCAAUAUUUGAACCAUUUGGAAUUGUGGACAGUGUACAGUUGAUCUAUGACUCGGAAACAGGGAGGUCAAAGGGUUAUGGCUUUCUCCAGUUCAGAGAUGCUGAGGCUGCUAGGCAGGCUAUGGAUCAGAUGAAUGGUUUUGAACUUGCAGGGAGGCCUAUGAAAGUUGGGCCUGUGACAGAAAGAGGAGAUUCCUCCUCAUAUUCAUUCUUGGAUGAUGAAGAGUAUGAAAAGGGUGGUGUGGAACUGAACUCCACAGCUAGAGCUGCACUUAUGGCUAAAUUAUCACAAGGACAUUCAGCUGGUAUGUAGUAGCUAUGUCGUAAACUGUACCCUUGGUAAAACUUUGUUUUAUUCUAUUCUGUCUUCGAUCAGUCUUAAUAUUGUGAUUAAACAAAUAAGACUGCCGCUCUGCUAUACUGUCAACUGUUUUUGUUUAUUUUAAAAGGAUAUUUAAUCAUAUAUAAGGGAAUACAUCUACAGACAAAACUGGACUUUUCUUAGGCCCUGUUACCAUUUUAAACGAGCAGUAACCGAUGGUUACAUAGUGCAGGCGAACCUGUGGGCUUACCUCAGAGAUGGGAUUGAGCAGACCCUCUUUCAUGUGUAGAGAAAGCCCUUUUAGUUCCAGCAUCAACAAAAGGAAUCGCGGCGGAUCAUGGAUGUGAAACUUAAUUGAACAACACAGUAAACAAGAUUCGUAAUAUUAUUAAUUCAACGAUUUUAUUCACAGUUCCUUAGAUACUAUUAGCCUGCAAUUGGUUAGGAGUGAGGAGAGAAGGGUGUAUUCACAGGCAAAGAUACAAUGAAAACAGUAAUGUGUGACAUAACAUGACUGCAAUAUGUAUAUGAAGUCUUAUUAUUCAAUCGGUUAUUGAGUCCGUGUCCAAUGGCCAAAUGCUAUUGAUAUGCAAUUAAAAAUAACGAAAAAGCUCAGUUUACCAUUGAAGUUUGAAGGGUAUUGAAUCUUUCAGAUGACAAGCAACAUAACAUGCUUGGAAAUGCUUAAAAAUUUAAAAACCAUGCACUCCAGUAAAAGCUGAAUAAACUUUAUUUACAUCUAGACUUUGCCAUCACUUUUAUCUUACUGAAAACUCAUCGUGCACUAAGCUUAGAUCAGGCUCUACUUUAAUCUUCCUGGGUAAAUAGAUUCCCAGCUGGCAAGAUGAAAGGAAAAGUCUCACAUUUAGUACGGUUCUUGUGUACCUGAAUGAUGCAUGCUUGCGAAUCUAACAAUGAUUGUUGCAUAACUUGCAUGUGCAUUUACAUGAUCACUGUGUCAUGCUCAACACCAGGGCCUUUGUGGCCACAUGCUAUGCAUACUGGUCGAUACAACACUGGCAUCCCAAAAAUGUGGACAGAUUUUGGAAAAACCUUGCUGUACAGUUCAUAAAGUACCGCUGACCAAGAAUAGUCUGUGGGCUCCUCUUGUCGCCCGCAAUAUUUUUUAUGCAGUCUGUUCAUAGUUAGAUUCACCAGUUGCUAAUUAUGGAAAUGGGAUAAAAAGUAUCAGGGGUUGGCAACAUAGUUUAGUGUGAAGUUUGUAGGUAAUCUGUUUGAUUGUUAGGGUGCUUUUUCCAGUUAAAAGAAAAAAGAACACUGAAAAACUAAACAUCAUAUACCAUACAAUGUUGCACCUGCUGCACCUCUGUUGUGUAGAAACUUGUGCAAGAAGUGAAAGGAUGUUACUUAUUUCAACAAUGCUGCCUACGGUUGAACCUUGUUAAGCAGCCGGCAAUCAAGGUCCUGAAAUCAUUGUAAAACGUUAUGUGAUUUUUUUAAAGUAAACCUCUAGUAAGCAGCCACUUACUCAUUCAGUUUAACCUGGUCUAUGUUAUUCAUGAUGCAGGACUCUCUGUGCCAGGAGUUCCAGCACCAGUAGUAGGUGUACAGCAAGCUAUGACUGCACCAGUCUCAAUCCCACUUCCUACUCCUUGCAUUAUGCUGCUCAAUAUGUUUGAUCCAACCAAGUAAGUUGUCAGUUUCUCCUUCACCUUUUGGCUUGGUUUGCUUUGUAAAGUUUUUGUAACCAUUGUCUCCUUUGUUUUAAUUACUCAUCAUUGUCUUGAUCAUGUAUUUCGUGCCUCCAACCCCCCAUCCUUUUACCCUUUUUAAGAUGGGGUUGUUCAUUAUGUUGAAAUAUACCUUACUCUAGGAAAUUAACGAUGCACUUUAUUAAUGCAAAUCGGGUUAAUUUAAUGCAUCUUAAUUUAUGUCAAUGUUAUUUAAAUCACACAAUUCACAUCAUGGUUUUACAGCACCUUUAUUUCAAUAACAAAACCUCAUCUGCUCAUAGUUCCUCUAUCAAUGCCUCGGAGUCAGUAUCUGACAGUUCUUCUUUGAGAAUUAAGUUAAAAAUGUUAUUUGAACGGACCUUUGUAUUGAUCCAUUUUCUCGAGGGGAUAGCUAACUUUUUCAGUCUCUUGUCUUCAAAUUUCAUGGCCCGUUUAUCCUCCCAAUGCAUGGUCACCUUUAUGUUGAGAAGUUUGUAAUGCAGCAAAUUCGUGUAAAAUAAAGUUAGGUGCACAUUGUUUUUGAAACAUUUGCGCUAAUGUGAUGUAUGUAAACCUAGCUUUUGGCAAAUUGGUGUUUAUUUUGUGUAACGUAAAUUUUCUUCGCGUUUUGAACAUGCAUCAUUAAUUUCUUUUAAUAAGGUAUACUUAGCAUGAGCUAAUAAGGUGGUAGUUUGUAGCAAAAAGUGUAACCCUCUUUUGCCAGCAUGCUUCCUGCUUAACACAGUGCCUUCAAAGAGAACCUUAGAUUUUACUUUGUCCCUACAAUAUUACACGACUUAUUAGUGUCUCUCUUUCCUCAUGUGCCUUCCUCUGAACAGCCCCCUACCCCCCUAUUACUAAACUGGUGAAUAAUAUACACAAAAAAAUUACUCAAUUCUGAUUGGCUGAGAAAGGAGUGCAGUUUUUCUGUAACACGAGUGCAAACUUGUAGCACGAGUGCAAAUUACAAGUGGUUUCUUAUUGACUGAAAACACAAAAGAAACCACCAAGAACCAAUCAGAUUUUAGCUGUUUUAGCAACAAAAUUUAAGAAAAUGGCCAUGGUUUUCUGCAAACAACAAUUUGAUUUUGUGUGCAAAAACCUGAACUCCAUAAAAAGUAUGUCUUUCUUGCUAAAUGUAUUGAAAAUGCGGUGCUAAGAGAAAUAAUAUACGGUCAACAAAAGUGAGGAAAAUGAGCCGGAGAAACUAAACAAGCUGCUUAUAGCAGGCUACGCUAAGGUAAAAAAUAAAGAACAAGAAUGGUGGCAACCACAUGCAAGCCAUGACAGCUACACUUUUCAGGCAUUUAAACGAACAAGGAUACAAGUUUUCCAUUAUAACAACAGGGAUUUCAAGUCACAUACGUUAUUUGUUGGAGGAGAAAGGUAUCCGGAUGCUCUCUUUAAGUCUUUUGUUGAGCGAAGACUCUAUUAAAUCACUGGCCAUGCAAUGGUCUUUUUUUUUUCUACCUCAGUAGCAAACAAAACCGAAAAUUUAAACAUCUGUUUCAGACUAAACCAAUGGGCGAAAAUACCAUAACUAUCAUAAUGAAAGUAUCCAUAGCUGGCUCUAGCCUUAAAGAAAGUGAGAAAAAAGUUUACGAAUCAUAGUGCAAGAAAAACAACAGAGAAGAAAGCGAAGAUUGUAAGUUCAGAAUAUAUUGCCAAUGUAACAGGGCACAGAGGUUUAUAUUUCCUUGACAACCAAGAUGAAGCCAACGAAGAAGAGUGAUGAUGACUCUCUCUUGCAAUAGGCCAAGGCCAAAUGAAAUAAUGAAAACCUUGGCGCUGAGCAAUAGCCCAUUAUUAUAUUUACUUAAUACUGGCAGUUUCCAACAUCACAACAACUGUGGGUCCACUCACCCAGCGAUGGCAGCGUCGAAAGAAAACAAAUUGCUCCCUGUUCAUUUUCGGGUUGUAAAUCUCAAAACUUUCUCCAUGAAUCCAGCUGUGAUGGGGUCUUAGGAACAGACAAUGAUGAACAGUCGUUAAACAACUCAGCAAGUGUCUUAUCUCUCGCUGCUCGAAGUGUUCUCUCCUGAUUUCCAAAACAGCAGUAUACUUCUUGUAAAAGCCUUCUCGUAAAUGCCGAGCCCUCAUAACACUUAGUUUUACUGAUUAUUGUAAACCGAGUUAUUUUUAACCGGCUGGUGACCAUGUAAAAUCAAUCCUUGCACAUUUCCAAGUUCUUAGCUGAAUGAUUAUUUGGAAACAUUGGUCUUGAAAAAGUUUGAAUUUGGCAAAGGUGGUAGUCUGUUUCAGCCAGUCCGUUGAAUGAACUAAAAACGCGCACACUGUCAAAAUUUGUUGUUGUAGUUAUGUUUUUUGUGAAUAUUAUUAAUAGGUAAUCACAUGAUUUUUCUCAUGCAAUUUGGAAUAAAUAAGCACCUGUAAAUUUUUCAAAGACCGCAAAGAGUAUUUGCCCUACAGGCUUGUGCACUUUUGUUGGUCUUUGAAAAAUUUACUCGUGCAUAUUUAUUCCAAAUUGCACUCGAAAUCAUGUAAUUACCUACACAAAUACAUUUAAAGUGACCUCCCCAUUAAUAUCAGGUAUAUCAAAAGGAAAACUAUCACUCCUACUUUGAGUCCAAUAAAACAUGUCUUUCCGAUGUUGAGUUCCAAGGAUCUGUUCGUAUGUGUUUUCAGAGUUCUUAUAAAUGUACCCAUUUGCUUUUUUAAUUUUUGCCCUUUUGCUGCCCUUCUGCUAGAACAAGUAUAUGGUCGUACCAAGACAAUCUGUCUGUUUAAUUUUUCUUGGUGUAGUGGGCUGAUUGUCUUGGUCUCAAUUCGUCAACCCACUUUUUCAUGUGCCAAGAUAGUUGUUUGCUAAACAGCAAGGUGUUCUUUAAUUUUCGUAUUUUGUUUCCAAUAGAGAAAAAGACGUUGACUGGGAUGCUGAUAUUAGAGAUGAUGUUUUGGAAGAGUGCACCAAAUAUGGUCAAGUAUAUCACAUUCAUGUGGAUAAAAGCUCAACCCAGGUAAAAGAAAGGAAAAAAAAUACACGUAGACAUGAUUUUUUUUGAUGAAUCAACUUUCUUAUAGCCAGAAAUCCGAGGGGAAACAUGUUAAUCUAAUUGUUAAUUUAAUUUAUAGGGAGCUGUUUAUGUGAAAUGUAGCAGUCCUGAAGGAGCUGCGAAUGCAUCAAGAGCCCUUCAUGGAAGGUGGUUUGCCGGUAGGUUCACUAGCCAUAAUACCAUUUGCAGAAUUUGCCACGUGUGUCAUUGUGACAUGUUUUAAUGUGGAUUUUUUCCCUUUAAUUUGUAGGAAAACAGAUCAUUGCCAGAGCUGUUCCUCUUGCAAACUACCAUACUAUGUUCCCUCAAGCAAUGUCAUUGUUGAAGCCAUUACAGCCAUCCACGUAUUAAACUCUAUUUUCUUAAUAAUAUUUCAAGAUGUCAGUGGCAGAAAUAUGUUUCUUUUACUGAUUGUAAAUAUCUGUAAACCAUAAGAAACAUUUGUACCAGGAACCCAUCCUCUUUCCUUACACUGACACCCAUGUAGCUCAAGUUCUUCUGCUAAUGAUGUGAGGCUUCUUGAUGAAUGAGAUUUUUC